GCGUAAAUGUACGUACGUAAUUGUGAUUUGUGACAUAAAUUUUGUAAUAAAAUAGCAGUAUUUAUACGGUUUAGAAAUCGAUAUUUUGCAUGAACAGAGAUGUCAUGCGUAAUUUGUACAAAAACAUUAAUGUUUCUUUAAUGCAUGAAGAAAAAUCGUUGCGUCGUAUAUUGUUGAAAUCGUAUUUUUUUUAAUAUAAUUAUUUUUGAAAGUUUUGACUCAUCUCAUUAAAGUGAAAUAUUAUUGUAACAAAAAAUGGUAGAAUCUGAUUACAGUGAAACUGAGGAAGAAGGUAUGGACAAACUGCAACUAUCGUCUGAUUCUGUAGAUAUCACAUUGCGAAAGAAAAGGCCAAGAGUAGAAGAUUCUGGAGAUGAGACAGAUUUACUUACUAAAAGACAUCAAAGUUCUUUCAUUGAACAAUCAAAAAUAUUAAAAAAUGAUGCUGAAACCAUUUCAGACAAAAAUGAUACAGAUGUGUAUAAUAUAAAAGAGGAAGAAUAUAUAUUAUGUCCAGAGAAGGAGCAAAAUGUACAAGAGAUAUUUGAUAUAUCUAAUUUAAACAUGGGCAAGGAGAAUAAAGAGAAACAAGAUGGAAAAUUGAAGCACAAAAAUGGAAAUGAGAACAAAAAUCCUGAGGAAGUAAAUAUUAAACAGAUAAUUGUUGAAAAUAAGCACAGCUCAUGUGAAAAAUCUGCUAUAAAUACAAGUGUAAUAUCUACUUCUGAUGAUAAUCAAGUUGGAACAGAAGACAAUGAGGUAUUUAAAGAAGAAAUUGACAAAAUGCUAGAUAGAAAGGAAGAUGGAUUAAAAGAGCAAGUACAUACCAAUCAAGAAACUAAGAAACGUACUGUAGACACAGAAGUGGUAGAUGGACUAGAGCUUUCGGUGGAAUGUGCGAGUGAUAAAGAAGGCUCAAGUUCUGAAAGUGAAAAGGAAAAAGAUGCAAAACCACGACCAAAAACAAUAAUUGUCAAAGCCAAACCAAAUGAAUCGGAACUGGACUGUUCGUCAGAAGGAGAAAAGUCCGAUUUGCAACAAGUCACCAACAUCCUUGAAAUUGAAUCACAAAAGAAUCGGGUAAAGAGAAGAGGUUCGCGAAAAAGUAAAUUAAAAGCUUCCGGUUCGGAGGACAGUCAGAAUAGCAAUUCGGAUGAGGAUUAUAAUCCAUGGACAAAAAAGAAAAUGAAAAAAUCUCUGACAGCAAAGAAAUCAAACAAACAUCACUCAAUUGAGUCGAAAAGAGGACGAGGUAAAAGUAUAAAGAGAAAUUCUCUCAGGAAAAAUGUCAACAAUCAUGUAUCCGACAAAGAAGAUGUUUAUGCGACUGUAACAGAGAAAACUGAUGAAACUAAAACUGGAAUGGAGGAAGAAUUAUCAGAGAAAGAAUUUUCAAAUAAAAGUUCAAGUGACAAUAAUUCCGAAAAAGAAGAAAACUCUACGAAGGGUAGAAGAAGGAGACAUAGCACUACUAAAUCACAAGAUAAACACAUACAGGCUUUGAAGAAAUAUUUAAGCAUCGCUGGCGUGAAAAUAAAGUCUUAUAAUGAUAUUUGGGCCGAUUGUAAGAGCAAUGCUGCAAAAAUUAAACGCCUAAAAGAAUUGCUAGAGGAAAAUGGCGUUAGUGGUAGACCAUCGUUGGAAAAGUGUAAACGUGUCAGGAAAAAGAAGGAAAAGUUGAAGGAGGUAUCCGAACUGGAUACAUCCAACAUUAUAUCUGAAGGCCGAAUCACACGCGCACGAAGAAAUAUGGAAAAUCUUAAAAAGACAUCUCCGAAUACUUCAUCACGAUAUCGAGAGGCUCGUAAUACAUUUAAACGUAUUCAAACUGUUGUUGACAUUGAUAGCGAUUCGGAAUAGAGAUCACAUAUGUUUACACAGAAUCUAUUGAUGAUUUGAGUGAUAUGUGUGUAUACAUAUCUAUUUAAAUAUUAAACAUCAGAGCAAGAGUGCCAAUCUCAUAUCUAUACGUAUACACACAUGUGUGCUUGCAUUUAUGUAAAAUGCUUUAUAUUAUUCCAAAAUUUCCGUGUAUAUCGUAAUAGUUGUUAAUUCUUUUUUAUAUUGUAGCGUGUCUGUCAGUGAAUUACGCAAUUGUAUUGGUAUUUGGAAGUAGCAUUUAAAAAACUUUCUUUUUUUUAUUUUAUUGGCUCGUUAUUCCUAGUAAAUUUGAAGUAAAUUACUGAUAGCUCGUACACAAAGAAAAUUUUCAGAAUUUGUAUAACGCUUACAUCCGUUACAAGUGAUGAUAAAUUUUAUCAUAUACGUAAAUGUGAAGAAAAAAAUUGAAGAGAUGGAACAAGAAAAGCUGUUAAAUUUACGUUGUCAAUUAAUGAUUGAGCUAAGUAGUGUUUUGCUUAAAUGAAAAGCAUAACGCUAUGUUUUUAAAUAUUAAAAAUUAACCAGUAGCACAUAGAUCUGUACGUACUCGUAAUAAAUAUGUGAAUAAUUUAUAGUAA